AUGGAGCAUCCUUACUACGCUUUUCUACAACAGCCCAAUGUGAAGCAGUCAUCUUUAGUCAUGCACAGUCCUUCUCGCCAAAAGUCAUACAGUCUAAACAAUAAUGCAGCCAUCUAUCAAUUAUUCUACCAUCGAAGCCCUUCGUUAUCCUAUUCAAUGAGCACAUCUACUGCUUCUACAACUGCUGGUAGUGUUCAUGGUUCUUUGGACAGCAUUCAUAAUAAAAGACUAAGGAAAGUGUCCUCUCCUUCUUCAACGUCGACAACUUCCCUUUCAUCUCUAUCAACAGCAUCACGACCUCCACCUUAUUUUUUAAAGCAAUCCCUAUCAUCAACAAAUGCAUCAGUCUUAUCUUUUUCCUCAUCUGACAACGCUUCUUUUCUCUCAACAUCUUGUCGUUCAUGCGAAGAAGAAGUAGCAGGAAAUAUCUGUCCUCCCCUCCGCUCCACACGUACUACGCAGAAGAUUGCAUUCUAUUAUUAA